AUGUCCCUUCUUAAUAGUCACCUCGAGCAGAUUAUGCUCUCUUCGAAUGCCAUUGCAGAGCUGCCCUUUCCCCCACCACGAAUCUUCACAAACGCUCUCCUCGGAUCCCAUGAUAUCACGGCAUUAAUUCGCGAUACAGAAGCUCAUGAGCGCGCUCUAUUCCAGACCGAUCCCACCGUAAAAGCAAAUAGCGCUUCUCAAAGAAGAGCCACAAGGCGGGCGACCCAAUUCCAGGCCGAGGUAGAAUCCGAGUCGAUGGCAAGUCGGAUCUACUCUGCUCGGAACAACAAAACCCAGUCGGCUGUUGCUCGAGUUUUGGGCGCUGAUAUGAUGGAAGAGAUUAAGCGUUCUGCUGGAACAUCAACUAGAGGCCCCCGUGGCGAAGUCAACAUUGAUGUCCUGCUUAAAGGAGCCGAGAUCCUCUGCAAUGUCUACCCUGUUGCCGGGGCUCAGGAGAAGAUGGCCAGUCUUCGAUACCGCCACGAAAUGAUUACAGACUCCAUUGCUGAGCUGGAGGAACGGGUAGCGAAGAAUACUGUCGAGCUGGAGAACAUGAGUCGCUCGUAUGAGGACGACCAUGAUGAUUUUGAAAAUCCCGGCUCGUUGCAGUCGGAGGCAGCCGGUGUUAGUGACGCGGAUAUCGAGCAGGAAAUGGAGGAAAUCAGAGAGCUAGAACGAAAGAAACGCAGUUUGGAAGCCCGCGUCACUGGCAUGGAUCGUGAUUUAGGCGGCCUUCUCAGAUGA